UCCCUGCCCUUCCCCUGCCUGCACCCCUGCCCUCACCUGGGGGCUUCUUUGCAGGGAGACCCCCCUGAGCUGAUGGAGACGACCGAGCCCCCUGCGCUGAUGGAGGAAGGACCCAGCCCCGUAUCCCAGCUGGCGAGGAAGGUGCAGGGGGUGGGUGCCCGGGGCUGGAGGACACUUUCAUCCCUCUUCGCCCGUGAGGACGAGCACCAGCUGCUCAGCCCGGAGCCCUGCGCAGACCACCCACUGGCCGCCUCGCCACCAGAGCCACCCCCUUCUGAGAAAGCACCCGGUUUUUGGGAUCUCUUUGCUACCAAGUGGCAGCAGGCGUCAGGGCCGGACAAGGGGGUGUCACCCCCGGAGCCAGACGAGAGCCCCGGGGAGCCACCAGGUGAGGAUGGCAGCGACCUGCGGGAGCCGGAGGAAGGGGCUUUCCACUGGGGCUUCCUGGCCGGGAAACUGGCUGAAAUUCGGAAUAAAAGUGCCCCCAAGGGCAACUAGAAGAGCACCAGCCAGACUUUCCAGCAGCGUGGGCACCCCCCUGCCCGUGCCCGCGGGCUCU